CGGCCACAUCCUGCUCGUGGCCGCUGCGGCACAGAGCUCGGGGAGGUCGGUCCCCCGGCCGCAGGUGUCCGCAGGUGGCCAGCGGCGGUGUCCCCCGGCCGGAGCCCGGUGGGGCCGGGGGGAGGUCGGGGCGCGCCCCGCCGAGGGCUCCCCGCGGGGCCGAGGCCGCCCCUCCUCCCGGAACUGGCCGGCGCCGCGAGGCGCGCCCGGGCCAUGGAGGUCCUUCCCGCGGGCGGCGGCGCUGGGCAGCCGGGCGCCCGGGACGCGGGGGAGCGCCAGGAGCAGCGGGAGCCCGGCGGGCGCGCGAGCCGCACGGUGUCCCUGGUCAGCGGGCUGCUGACCGAGCUGUACAGCUGCGCCGAGGAGGACGAGGCCGCGGGCCGCGGGCCGGGGGACACGCAGCGACACCGCGACAGCCUGGACAGCUCCACCGAGGCCUCGGGCCCCGACGCGCUCCUGGGCGGCCGGCCGGCGACGGGCCUCAGCCAGCGGCUGCAGGUGCAGCACCUGCGGCAGAAAGACUCUGAUGAGUUGAAGAUGAUCCUCCAAGAGCUGAAGUAUAGAAUUGGCAUUCAGUCAGCAAAGUUACUCCGGCAGUUGAAGCAGAAAGAUAGGCUUCUGCAUAACAUGCAGACCAACUGUGACAUCGUGACUGCCUGCUUGCAGGCUGUGUCACAGAAGAGAAGGGUUGAUACAAAAUUGAAGUUCACUCUUGAGCCAUCUUUAGGUCAAAAUGGUUUUCAGCAGUGGUAUGAUGCCCUCAAGGCAGUUGCCCGAUUAUCAACAGGGAUACCAAAGGAAUGGAGGAGAAAGGUUUGGUUGACCUUGGCAGAUCACUAUUUGCACAGUAUAGCCAUCGACUGGGACAAAACCAUGCGCUUUACCUUCAAUGAAAGGAGUAAUCCUGAUGAUGAUUCCAUGGGGAUUCAGAUAGUUAAGGACCUUCAUCGGACAGGCUGUAGUUCUUACUGUGGCCAGGAGGCUGAGCAGGACAGGGUUGUGUUGAAGCGGGUGCUUCUGGCUUAUGCUCGGUGGAACAAGAAUGUUGGGUACUGCCAAGGUUUUAACAUCUUGGCUGCACUAAUUUUGGAAGUGAUGGAGGGCAACGAAGGGGAUGCACUGAAAAUUAUGAUUUACCUGAUUGACAAGGUACUUCCUGAAAGCUAUUUUGUCAAUAACCUCCAAGCAUUAUCUGUGGAUAUGGCUGUCUUCAGAGAUCUCUUGAGAAUGAAGCUCCCUGAGUUAUCUCAGCACCUUGAUACUCUUCAAAGAACUGCAAACAAAGAAAGUGGAGGUGGAUACGAACCCCCACUCACGAACGUCUUCACGAUGCAGUGGUUUCUGACUCUCUUUGCCACAUGUCUCCCGAAUCACACAGUAUUAAAGAUUUGGGACUCAGUCUUCUUUGAAGGUUCAGAAAUCAUCCUAAGGGUGUCUCUGGCCAUCUGGGCAAAACUGGGAGAGCAGAUAGAAUGCUGUGAAACCGCAGAUGAAUUCUAUAGCACUAUGGGGCACCUUACCCAGGAGAUGCUGGAGAAUGACCUUCUACAAAGCCAUGAACUCAUGCAGACUGUGUAUUCAAUGGCUCCAUUCCCUUUUCCACAACUGGCAGAGUUGAGGGAAAAGUACACCUACAACAUCACACCAUUUCCAGCUGCUGUGAAAGCCACCUCGGUUUCUGGGCGGCGUGGUAAGGUCAGAGAUAGUGAUGAAGAGAAUGAGCCAGAGGAUGAAGAUGCAAUUGCUAAUGCGGUGGGGUGUCUCGGACCUUUCACUGGGCUCCUGGUGCCUGAACUUCAGAAGUACCAAAAACAGAUUAAAGAGGCCAGUGAAGACCAGAGUCUGACAUCCAACAACAUUGCAGAGCUGAGUCCAGGAGCCAUCAAUUCCUGUCGAAGUGAAUACCACGCAGCAUUCAACAGCAUGAUGAUGGAACGCAUGACCACAGACAUCAAUGCUUUGAAGCGGCAGUAUUCGCGAAUUAAAAAGAAGCAGCAGCAGCAGGUCCAUCAGGUCUAUAUCAGGGCAGGCUAUAAAGAAGAAAAAACUCAUGGGUUCCUUAUAGGGCCCAAGGACCAGUCAACCAAUGACAAAGGGCCAGUGACCAGCAUUCUUCCUUCUCAGGUAAACAAUUCUCCGGUUAUAAACCACCUUCUUUUAGGGAAGAAGAUGAAGAUGACAAACAGAGCUGCCAAGAAUGCAAUCAUCCACAUUCCUGGCCAUGCAGGAGGCAAAGGGUCUCCUGUCCACUAUGAAGACCUUAAGACGAAGCUCAACUCUCCAUGGCGAACUCACAUCCGAGUUCACAAAAAGAACAUGCCAAGGACCAAGAGCCACCUGGGCUGUGGUGACACCAUAGGGCUAAUAGAGGAGCAGAAUGAGGGCUGCAAAACCAACAGCCUGGGGACAGGGGAAGACUUCUCCUCCAGCUGUGCAGCAACCGCUGAAAGAGAAGGCAGUAAUUCUGAGGGCACCAUGAGGACAGUUGAAGGGCAGUCUCCAGAGCCAGCGUUUGGGCAUGCUGGUGUUGAUGUGUCUGCAGUUCAGGUGAAGUUAGAAGCUUUGGAACUGAACCAAAGAGAUGCCCCUGCUGAAACCGAAGCCAAGGUGCACCCGCUCUGCCAGCAGAAUGUUCCAGAGCCAUACAGUGCCCCUGGAGAAAAUAAAGCUACCAGCAAACCUUCCCAUGGCAGUCAUUCAAAAACACCCAUCUUUAGUCCUUUUCCUAGUGUCAAACCACUGCGGAAAUCAGCCACCGCCAGGAAUUUGGGAUUAUAUGGCCCUACAGAAAGAACUCCAACUGUGCACUUUCCUCAGAUGAGCAGGAGCUUCAGCAAAUCCAGUAGUGGAAGCAGUGGCACUAAGAGACGAUGAUGUCUCCUGGCGACUUUGAGGCUGGACUUACCUUGGCACGAGGACCUGGGAGUUCCAGCUGCAGUUUCAUUUGUUUGAUGAACAUGAGUAGAGGUUCAGAGAUGAGCAACAAUAGCCCUCUGAAACAGGAUUUGGAAGUUCUAUAGUGGGAGCUAAAUUAGAGAUGUUUUCACAUCUACUUGAUAAAAUGGAUUCUUGGAUUAUUUUUUCCAGGAGAAAUAAAUAUUGUGGUUUUCAAGUGUGAAGUUUUCCCAAUUCUUCCUUGUGAAAUAUUUAGAAAAGGUUAUGUCCAGACUGUUACAUGCUCUUCUGUCCCUCUGUUCUGAGCACCUUUGAGAAUCCCUGUAACAAUACCUCCCAAACCUUCUAGUUCUCUGGUGUUAUUACUACUUAAGCAUGUAUAAACCAGCUUGCUAGAACUUAAACUGUAAAAAGAAAGUAAGUUUCUUAGAUGCAAAAAAUUCCUGGUUUUUCUCUUCCUGCACUGUUAGUGGGGUGAUUGUUUGCGUGUGUGAAUUUUUCCCUCAGUACCUGUCACCGAAUUGAUAUUUAUCUAUUAAUUUUUAGUACCAGGGAUUGAACUCACGACCUCAUGCUUGCCAAGUAGGCACUGUGCCGCUGAACUAUAUCCCCUGCCAAAUUGAUUUUUAUUUUUCUGCUAAAAUGUAGGUGAAAAGAUCAAGAUAGCUUUUUUAAAAACUUUCUAUUUCUACCUGCAAAAUGAAGAAAGACUUUCAACUGUUGAAAUUUAGGUUGAUAACCAUAUUGAAGAUCAUAAAUGGGAUAUGCAUUAAGUACUUGCUGUGGAUGGCUUGCUAAUUCCACUAAGCUUUUCCCAAGAUUCAUUCUCUCCUCUCAAGGAGAACAUUGGUCCUCGGUGGUGCAGAUGACUGGAUAGGCUCUGCACAGAGCCUUUUCUGUAUCCUCAGCCAUGCAGCUCUUUUUCCUGCCAGCUCUCUAAGACAGAUGUGCAUUGUCUCUGCCCAAAAGCCAGAACACAGCACUGCGACUCUGUUACUUGAAUUUUGUGCUUUUUGAGUGGAUUACUUUGUUACUUGAACACUGCCUUUCUCCGGAGAAGGCCUUGUGCUUUCUAGCUCUCUCUCACCCACUCCACUCCUGUCCUGGUCCCAGUGGGUCAGAGAUAGCACCUCUUGUCUACACUAUGCAGUUGGGAACUCUGAGCCACACAGAAGUGAAGUAGCACUUGAGUUACUCAAGGUCAAUACUCCCGAUAUUCCCAUGUGACACAGCCACGGUUCCUGCAGUUCAGCAGGCAGGUUUAUUGCUCUUUGUAGACAGAUGCACUGACUACAGAGCUUGUACAAACCAAGACGGGGAAGCCAUCCCCACACCACCACCCCCCUUGACUUUCAAAGGACCUUUCUCCAUAUGGUACAGAAUCCUGUGACAGCAUUUCAUAAAACCAGCUCUGACCUCCUUGUCCUGAAAAGAUAGUUCAUUUUAAAAUCACUUAAUUCAUUUGUCCUCUGGCUGAACAAAAGGCUCACUCUUCAGUUGUCUUCUUUCCACCAUCAUUGGAAUAGAUUCACGUCUUUAUCAUCAUCUCUGGAAGACCUUGGCAUUGCUUACAGGAAUAUUGUCAGUGCAGUCAAUACUGAUUUGAACUAAUUGAUUUGUUAAUUUUGAAGCCAAAGCUAUAGUUUUAGAAGGGACUUUUACUAUGAGAGAGGCAUUUUUAAAAUAGUAAAAUAGAAUGUGGUUGUGUGGGCUUUUUUUUGAACAGAAAAACAGAAAAGUGACAUAUACACUGAGAAAAGCCAUUUUAUCCUCUUUGUGGUAUUUUUACCUCUAGAGGAAUGGAAGAUGGAAAGUAUGACUGAUAAGCCAUUACAGUUUUGGCCUUGAGUUCUGUGCUAUCUGAAGUCAGUGUGCAGCUUCUCAGCGAGCAGCCACACCCACAGCCUGCUUUUUGGGAAGGGUGUGGGAGUUAGAGGUGGGCUCACUUUUCAUACUGCCCCCACAAGAUGAGACCGGCUGCAUUUUCCAAAGCUAAGCAAAUGACAUGGUUCCAUCUGUUAACCUUUAAGAUAAGAAUGAGUUCACCUCAUAAUUGCACCCCUUAUCCCAUCCUAGUGAGUCAGACUGGUCAUGUUUCCCUUGAGGGAUAUCUGGCUCAAAAGAGUUUUGUUCUCUCCUCUCUAGAGGCAGCUCCCCUGGCUCCCUGAGGGUCUGAAUGUAGGAGGUGGAUAAUGAGACGGAGCUGUCUGCCUGCUGUCUUAGUGUUGCCACCACAUGCUGUGACCUGUCAGUAUUUCUUCUGUUUCCCAGAAUAGGUCUUCCUGAGAAAGCGAUGGAUGAGAUGACAUGUGGUUUGGAAUAAGUAAGUCCUGGUUGAAUGGAACAAGUGAAAAAGAUAAGGCCUUUGAAGACAAAAAUGACUUUGUCAGAAUUUUAGACUCCACCUAAUUCCUGUUAAAACAGUCUGUACCAAUAACACAUGCAUGCACUGCACCAAGUAAUCAAUGUGAAUUGAUCAAAUUUUGAGCCUUGCCUACUUUACAAAAUAAAGAAAUAUGAGUAGCAUCUACCACACAGCAUGUACAAAGGCCAGUAUGGAUUUGCUAUCUUCCCUGUGUAUUGGACACUGUGUGAAAACACUAGAAAUACUUAACAAGUAGCAGUUUAUUUCUAGAUAGGUCUGUACCCUCUCGGCACUUUUUUUCCAAGAGUCAACUCUGCACCUCAAUCCUCUUUUAAAAGCUGCUAGAUAAUCUAAAUCUACUUUGUAAUGUUGACCAUGGGGAUGUAACUGUUUGAAACAUUGUAUUCUGUUUUUUGGUUUGUGUGUGUGUGUGUGUGUGUCAUUGUUUUUGAAGAACUGUACUGAUUACAAAAAUAUAUGCAUAAAGAUUCUCAA